UCUUUCACACAUACACACACACACACACGCACACACACACACACACACGCACACACACACAUACAAAAAUGUGAGGUGCAAGGGUUUGGAGUUCACAGGCUUGGCAGCAGGGCAAGCAGAAGUAGAAACUGGAAGCUCCACUCACGUAAGAAAUCUUAUCUUUAAGAAUAAUAUGGAUUACAACGAGUCUUAUGACUAUGAGCAUGACAACGCCAGCGACUACAACUACAGUGUAUUCCAUGACCUCUGUGAAAAAGAGGAUGUUCGCUCCUUUGCUCGAGUCUUCCUACCAGUUGUGUAUGGGUUAUCUCUAAUAGUGGGACUGACAGGAAAUGCUCUAGUAGUGGCUGUGUAUGCAUAUUCCAAACGCUUAAGGACACUGAUGGACACGUUUGUGGUGCACCUGGCUAUUGCCGACCUCCUACUUCUCCUGACCCUACCUUUCUGGUCUGCUGCUGCUGUACAGGGCUGGGAGCUAGGAGAAGUUCUUUGCAAGAUUGUCACAGCCUUAUAUACCAUCAACUUCACAUGCAGCAUGUUGCUUCUGGCCUGCAUCAGUUUUGAUCGCUACCUUGCACUAUACCCACAACUCAAAGAUCGGUUCCUGGGCCAGAUUUUUAAGAAGAACUGCUCCACUAAGCUCUGCCUGGUAGUGUGGACGGUUAGUUUCUUUCUAGGAAUCCCUGACUUGAUGCUCUCAACUGUUAAAGAGCUUUCUGGUCGGAAGAUCUGCCUGGCUGUGUACUCUUCAAGCAUGGCCAUUCAGUCAAAAGUGAUUAUGGAGGUGAUAGAGGUCUUGCUGAGUUUUUUGGUUCCUUUGCUGAUAAUGCUGUAUUGCUAUUUCUAUGUGGUACGGAAAUUACUGGAGCUUUCACAGGAGAACAGGGGGAAGAGAUGGACAACAAUUCGUGUGUUGUUGGCAGUUGUGGGUGUUUUUGUGCUAACACAGUUCCCCUACAACGUUGUAAAGUUCUGCCGAGUCCUGGAUGUGAUUUACCUGCUAAUAAGCAACUGUGAGACAAGUAAAGCCCUGGACCAUGCCACUCAGAUUACUGAGAGUCUGGCUUUGAUCCACUGCUGCCUGAACCCUGUGCUUUACGUCUUUAUCGGCUCGUCUUUCAGGAUGCGCGUGCUAAGGUUUGCCAAAGCCAUGGGCCAGAAAAGAAGAUCUGUACAGAGGAGAGAGGAGUGUGAUUUGGACUUUUCCUUUAAUUCACACUCACAAUCCCCACAGACAAGCACCUUUUCCAUAUGAGUAAAUCUAAAAGCAAUAUAUAGGAAAAGAUAUAAAGAUCAUUUCUGUGUCUAUUAGGGGAGUAACGGUACACAAAUUCAUACCGAAAUUUUUACAUGCGGAACAUAGUUAAAAUCAAGAACGUAAUCUGUGGCGCACCGCGGGUUUGUUUAGUCACCGCCUCGCACUUUUAGCAUUUUUUUAUUAAUAUUUUUAAACUUUAAAACACACAACAAUGCCAGGGGUAUAAAAAAAAUAAAAACCUGGAAGCUGGAAGUGGCGCUAGCGCUAUGAAUUCAAGAUUCAAGAUUUGUUAUUUGUCACAAAGUUAUUUGUUUAUACACUUAAAUAUUUUAAUGUAAUCUUGUAUCUUGAAUCCAUAGCACUAGCAUUAGCUGCUAGCCACUUCAUGGCAUUUCCUAGCAUCUUUUGUCCAGCCUCAAGAAUUUCUCUUAAAAGGAGAAAAUCCUAACAAUUCCACAUAUCGAGGGAGUGAAAGAAUGAAGGAUGAAAGGAAUAAAAAACAUUCGUUAAAGAAUGCUGAAAUAGAUAGAACCGUAAGUAGAUCAUAUCUUUAGAAAAUGUAAUAUUUAAAUGUAAAACACACACUCACAUACAAAAAUUUAAACAUUUACAUUUUUUCCAUUUAUUUAAUUUUAUUUAAUCAAUUUAAUUUGUGCC